AUGGCUGGAAGGAAUAAUCCUGCAAUUGCUGCUACUUUGGAGGCUAUGGCUCCUACUAUGGCGAAUCAGCCGAACAUUAACGAGAAUGCUGGAUAUCGUAGUUUGGCGACCUUCCAAAGGGGGAAUCCGCUUAGCUUCAAGGGAACUUAUGAUCCUGAUGGAGCAUUGACUUGGUUGAAGGAGGUUGAGAGGAUCUUCCGUGUGAUGGAAUCUACUCCAGCGCAGAAGGUUCGAUAUGGUACUCACAUGCUAGCAGUUGAGGCUGAUGACCGGUGGCUAGAGACUCGUCAAAGGUUGGAGACUAUAGGUGAAGAAGUCACUUGGGUCGUGUUCUGUAGAGAGUUCUUGAGGAAGUAUUAUCCAGAAGAUGUUCGCGGAAAGAAGGAAAUUGAAUUCCUUAAGCUGAAGCAAGGAAACAAGUUGGUUACUGAGUAUGCUACAAAGUUUGUUGAGCUGGCCAAGUUUUAUCCUCACUAUAGCGAAGCGACUGCUGAAUUUUCAAAAUGCAUCAAGUUUGAGAAUGGGUUGCGCUCUGAGAUCAAGAAAGCAGUUGGAUACCAGAAGAUCUGUGUCUUUGCUGAUUUAGUUAAUUGUUGUCGGAUUUAUGAGGAGGAUAGUAAUGCUUACUAUAAGAUGCUCAAUGAUAGGAGAGGCAAGAACCAACAAAAUUGUGGCAAGCCUAAUGAUGCUCCAAUUGGGAAGGGAAAGCAGAAAGUUGCACAGGGACAGAGAACUAGUGGGGGAGAUGCUCCUGCUAGUGUCGUCUGUUUCAAAUAUGGGAAACCUGGUCACAAGAGUAAUGUGUGUAAUGAUGAAGUGAAACGGGGUUUCCGUUGGGGCAAGAGUGGGUAUACAGCUCCUGAGUGUAAGCAUAAAGAAGUCACUUGUUUCAAUUGUGGCGAAGAAGGACAUAUUAGUACUCAAUGUCAUAAACCAAAGAAGGCAUCAGGCAGUGGAAAGGUGUUUGUUUUAGCUGGGACUCAUAAAAAAAUGAGGAUGGACUUAUUAGAGUGUCCCUUGUCGAUCUUCGACAGAGACUUUGAUGUUGAUUUAGUUUGUUUGUCGUUAAGAGGGUUGGAUGUGAUCUUAGGUAUGAACUGGUUAAAGCAUAACCAUGUUCAUAUUAAUUGUUAUGAUAAUUCGUGGAGGUUUUCUACUCUUGAAGAGGAGGGAGUUAAUUUGUUAUUUAUGAGACAGUUACAACAGUUGAUGAAAGAAGAUGUUCAGGUGUUCUCAUUAAUGUCGUCGUUGUGUGUUGAGAAUCAAGCUAUAAUUGAGGAGUUGCAAAUGGUGCGUGAAUUUCCUGAAGUUUUCCCUAAUGAAAUUCCUAAUGUACUGCCUGAAAGAGAAGUUGAAUUUGCAAUUGACUUAUACCUGGUACCAGACCUGUUUCUAUGGCACCGUACAAGAUGUGAUGGUAUUGUUGUAGAUCCAUCUAAAGUAGAUGCUGUGUUGCAAUGGGAAACUCCAAAGUAG